UACCUUAUAUCUACUUUUUGGAAAUGAAAGUUGAAACUCUCAAUUUUCUCUCCUUUUUCAAAAUUAUCUUUUCAAUCGUAAUGUUCCGGGAUGACGAUACAACAUUCGACAAGGAAUACAGAAAUCGUGCACCAACUCGUGCAUGUAUCAAUUACACAUGCAGUACAAUGAGCUUGUCCUUCAAGAUUUUGUCAUUGAGAGUUCUUAUUCAUUAUUGUAUGCUGAUUGGUGGAGAAGCUGUUCAUUCAUAUAGCAGCUGUGAAGGGUGUGCCAAAUUUCAUUCAAAUGGAACAAAUGUAGAUGAAAUACUCGUUGAUGAAAGAAAUAACCGAUUGAUUGUUGGUGCCAAAAAUUUACUGUUUAGACUUGAGCUGACUACAUUGCAGUUACCAUCAGUUCAAAAUGAUAGAGUAGCUCUACACCCAAGUCAGGAGGCAUUGGAGGCAUGCUUAAGCCUGGGACAAGGCAAGGGCAACUGCCAAAAUUAUAUAAAGUUGAUACUCUUUGACCAACAAGAAAAUAUUUUUGUUUGUGGUACUUAUGCAACUGCACCAAAGUGCUGGAAAUUCAAGAGAAAUAAUUCACUGAAUCCGCAACCUGAUGCAAUCAAUGGAGAUGGAAUAAGUCCAUCUAGUUAUCAAGGCAAGGUGACUGGGAUCUUUACAAGUAGUUACCUGUUUGCUGGGAUUAGCAGUAGGAGAUCACUCAUUUACAAGACUGAAGCAGAUUUGAGCAGGAGCAUACUUUUGACAUCUGAUUCAUCUCUUAAAGUUUUGCAAGAUGCUGACUUUGUAACUUCUUUACAUCAUAUAGACAACUUCAUUUACUUCUUUUUUAGAGAAACUGCAGUAGAAACAAGAAAGGUCGUUUACUCAAGGGUGGCAAGGAUUUGUCAGUAUGAUAAGGGAGGUGAUGGACGAUUGAAAAAUAAAUUCACUUCAUUUGUGAAAACCAGAAUAAUGUGCUCAGUCCCUGGAAACAUUCCAUUUGAUUACAAUGAAAUCCAAGCAGCUGCCACCUACACUAACCCUGUGACAAAAGAGGACUAUUUUUAUGGAAUUUUUACCACUCCACAGCUAGGUGUCCUGGGCUCAGCAGUUUGUUCUUACAGUGUGAAGUCUCUUCAAGAAUUAUUUGAUAACAGUCCUUACUUAAAGGAAACUGGCACUAAAGGUUUUGAUGGAACUUCCUUGUGGGUUGAAGAGGUUCCUGUAAAUUUGUCAGUGGUUCCUGGCAGACCAAAGUGCGAUGCACAGCUGGAUACCAAGAGGUAUUCCUGGGGAAUCACCAAGUUUGCUUCUGACCAUCCUCUCUUGGCUGUUCCACUUAUGCCAAGGCCAUUAUUUAAGGCCACGAGACCCCUGUUUACCACAGCAGGCAUAAGGUUUACUCAGCUUGUUGUGGACAAAGCUUACGGUGACAAUGGGCAGAUUGUUCCUGUUAUGUUCAUUUCCACAGAGAAUGGCACGGUAUUCAAAGUGUUCAACAACAUAUCUGGUGAUGGGAAUGCCAUCGUUGUGGAGCAAGUGAGACUUUUUGAGAAUCCAGAACCUAUCUCUACUAUGAAACUUUACAAGGGAGCCGUUUACAUCGGAAGUGAUUCUGGUGUCACCAAGCUGCCAGUGGAGCAUUGUGGUGAAUAUACGAGCUGCAGGACUUGUGUUUCCGCAUUGGAUCCUUACUGUGGAUGGAGUAACAAUAAAUGCACAACGUUUGAUAAAAAGAGAGGAAGUGGCUGGUUACAAGAUAUAGUUUACGGUAAUGUCUCCAGAGUUUGUCCGCAAGAAAGUCCUGUGUGUUCAUUGACGUCUUCUCUGGACCAAAAUGGACAUGUUAAUAGUUUGAUAUGUCAAGGAAAUGGAGUCCCGCUUCCUAAAGUGAUCAGAUGGGAAAAAGAUUCCAAGCCUCUUCCGGCUCAUUCAGACUUCCGAAUAAACUCUGGACUGACGAGUCAUCAGGGAAGGUUGGACAUAAACAAUUUCGGGCUCAAGGACCUUGGCAAUUAUCAUUGUUUUGUGUCUAAUGAAGUGGGGUCGUCUUCAUGUGUUAUAAAUCUUUCAGGUUCAUUGCCUGUCACCACAUAUUUUCUGGCGAAAAUGAGAAAUACGUCUCUGUUUUUGUGUAAUGCUAGUGGGUUGCCUAGCCCAUGUAUAACUAUCUACAAGGUGACCGGGAACACGAAACGCGUUGUUCCAGCACGCCAAACCACCAUCACUGAUGAUGGAGGCCAAAGGUCUUAUUACUGCGUGGCACAGAAUUACUUUGGAGUAUCAUUUAGCAAACCGAUUUACAUUAAUGAUAAACCAGUCAAAGCUGAAAUGAAGCUUACAAAUGAGGAGUGGAGUUUAGAACUUUCUGAGAGAACUUCAGAAAGAUAUAAAAACCUGGCAGGUCAAGUUAGAACUGCGGUACAGGAAAUCUAUAAUAAAAGUCCUGCCUUUGUGAGUGUGAAGGAUAUUUCAUUUAGGAGAGGAAGUGUGCUCUGUCAAAUGACGAUAAAUUUUGCUGCUGAAGCUUCGAAAACAAGUCACGACUUGUUGAAGGAUUUGCAAGCGAGGGUGUCUUCCGGACAAGUGGGGAACCUGAAGGUAGAUGCAACACAUAUACUCAGUAUGGAAAGCGUCCCAAAACCUACUCCAGCAACAGAUGGGACAGAUUCGGAUGACAAAGGCUUGCUGGCUGUGGCUGUCAUGACGGCAGUGUUGUUAAGUCUCAUUCUCGGCUUUAUGUUAGGAGUUAAGUUUUAUGGUCAAGUUGUUAACCGCUGCACACUGUCAUCCAGGAAUUCAGAUUCUUUUGAUGGACCAAAGAACAGAACUAUUAAAGGUGUCAAAUACACCAAAUCACCUCCCAGGGAUGAAAAUUUCACAGGGAUCAGAAAUGCAUCACAGAGUAAGAGAAAUCUGUCUAAACAGAAAGGUGAAAGCAUUGAGCGAAAUGAUGAUAGCGAUAGCAAUUCCUCUACCGCUGGUAAAAUUGCUGACGAGAGUGGAGAUAAUUUUACCAGGAAAUCAAACUCACCAUUUAAAUCAUUGUCGCCAUCUAUUUCCGUUGAUAAAUUUUGAACAAAAAAUUCAUCCAAGAGAAUGAGUGAAAUUUUGAUGAGAAGAGAAUGGCCAUACUCGAUAGGCUACCCGCAUCGUAUUGCUUCAAAGGUACUUCUUCAACCCCAAUCAAGCAGCCAUACACUGAAGGGUAAGAACAUUUUACGAAUGCUAGCCAUGCCUUAUCUUCAUUUCAAAUGUAAGUGUUUGUGACUAAGAUUUAUUAUAAAGCUUCCUAUUGCAAACUAGUUAAACUUGUACCUAAACUUUAAAGGAAUUAGUAAUGAAUUUAACAAGACUAGACAUGAUAAGAGCAUAGACAGCACAUACAAUUACAAACAGUUUCAGUGGAUGUGUAGCCUGAAAAUCAAAGGCGAAGAUAUUGUUUGAAGUGUUUUACAUAAAAUAAAAUAUAUUAAAGGAGUCAGAAAAUAUGUUUUAUCGGAGCAUCUUCAGAGUGUGCUUACCGUACAUUUGAUUUGAACCUGAUUUCCUUGGAAUCUGAACCUUCCUAAAAUGAAGUUAAAUGUAAGAGAAGACUCUUCAAUUUUUUAUCGGAUUUUUUAGUGAAAUAUAUUUAAUCAUAGAGUAACUUAUUGGUUAAACUUUUGUAUUUUUAUCUCAUCCAUUCUAUUGAGUAGAGUAGGCCUUAAACUUAAUGCGAGAAAGUGCAAUACACUUAGGACUGAGUUUGCUAGGAACAGGGAGAACAUUGUGGUGAGUGGUGAAGAAGUGAAAGAUUUGGAGGAGUUUGCGUAUCUUAGAACUACUGUACGCAACGAAGGUGGAGGCAGCUAAGAUAUUAGGAACAGCCCCUGAAAUUUCAGAGGCUAUGGAAGGUGUGGGCAGCUAGUGGAGUGCUGCUGUACAGUUGUGAAACAUGGAAGAUCACACAGACCGAUAAAAGAAAACUGAACAGUUUCCAAUGGCAAUGCCCAAGACGGAAACUGAGGAUUAGAUGGUUGCAAAGAAUGACAAACAAGAGAGUAGUUGAAUUGGCAGGGAUCAAUGAAAUAAGCUGUGAGGUGCGAAGAAGAAGGUGGAACUCUGUAGGACACGUACUCAGGAGAGAGGGUGUGAACGACUGUUUUACCGCACUGGGGUGGACACCGGAAAUUCUGGCCCUUUGUACCAUGCAAUUAUUCCUAGGCCCACCACAAGUGUUUGGUACGCCAAUCUAGAAUGGGUGAGCAUCGAAUUGGCCAAGUAAUGAAAUUAGUUGGAAGUUGUUUACCAUGAAGGAAAACAUCCCCACUAAUUCGUAUGGGUCAAGCAAUAUGCUUCCUUUUUCACACCUUCCCAAUCUGUCACAAUGGCAACAAAACAUCUCCAACAGGCACCUUUUCAAGUGUUCAACCAGUGUGUGUUCAACACAAACAACAACGUGCCAUCUGCAGAUCCCUCACAAAGCCAAAGUCGGAGAAAAAGGCACAGAAUCAUCAACUUGGACUCAGACUAGUCAAUUGAUAUAUUAAAAGAGUUUCUUCAAAAAGUUCAAUGUGAUGCUAUCUUUAGUUUCUUGAGAUAGCUGUAGUUACCUUACGAAACUUAAGACAACGCAAUUUUGUGAUCAAUGUGUGGAUUUUUCAUUCCUUGGCUGUAACACCUGGUUGAUUACUUGAUUGAUUGACACUUGAACGGUGGAAUGACUUCUUGUUACUAAGUAACCGUUUUGCUCGAGUGAUUUUCGUCUUUUUCUUAAUUUCUCUUUUCAUCUUUGUAACAAAAGCCGUUUUUAAACUUUGCAUUUCGCCUCCUUCGAAGAUUGUAAUGAUUUUGUUUUGGAUGAUCAAUAUUAAAAGCCCUUUCUCAAAUAAA